AUGAACUUGGAAGAUAGAAAAGACUUUGACGAAGAUAUGGACAGCUCCGUUGACGAUACCAUCGAGGAGAUUGUGGAAGAAUCACAGGAAGACUGCGAUACUGGAGCAAAACGUAUAUGGAGGAAAGAAGAAGGACCUCUUAAAGAAGGUGAAGAGCUAGACGUCGCUCCAGGAUGCUACGACAUGUUACAUACCAUAUCUCUCGAUUGGUCGUGCCUCUCAUUUGACAUUCUCAAUGACGACUUAGGAGCUUGUAGAAUCCAGUUUCCUCACGAGUGCUACGUAGUAUCUGGGACACAACCUGGUAAUACUCACGGAAUGGAAUCGUUGAUUCACGUAAUGAAGUGGUCCAACAUAACAAGGAACUUUGCCGAAGAAGAAGAUGAAGACGAAGAAGAGGAUAAAAAGUGCAAGUUGAGCUUGAACAGUAUUUAUCAUCCAGGAAUCGUAAAUCGCAUAAAAGCAUGUCCACAAAGUUCUAGACUAGUAUGCACAAUGUCCGAUACAGGAAAAGUGCAUAUUUGGGAUAUUGAACAACAGUUGAAUAACAUAGAUGAUGGUAGUUUUCCAAAGUCUAAACAAAAACCCCUGUAUACCAAUGUUAUACACGAUAUAGAGGGAUACGCUGUUGCAUGGAGUCCUAAUAAAACAGGAAUGCUUGCCACUGGUGAUUGUAACGGAGGUAUUGCUUUGUGGAAUCCUGUUGAAGGUGGAUGGAGCGUUGAUAGAUUUUUUAAAGAUUCUUCAUCCGUUGAAGAUAUCCACUGGACUCCUGGCAGCGAUGUUUUUGCUGCAGCAUGUUGUGAUGGCUCUGUAAAGCUAUUUGACAUAAGAAUAGGCUCAGACCCUCAAUGUUCUAUUUCUGUGUCUGACUUGGAUGUUAAUUCUGUAUCUUGGAAUCCUGUCCAAACCACAUGUAUAUUGACAGGUGAUGAAACUGGUAGUGGAAAGAUAUUCGAUGUGCGUUAUCCUCAAGCACAUUUAUCUCAGUUGAAUUGGCAUAAAGAAGCGAUUACUUGCGUUGGAUGGCAUCCACAAGAUUCUUGUGUUUGCGCGCUGAGUUCUAGAGAUGACUCUAUUUCUCUUUGGGAUACAUCUGUAGAAUCACAGCAAGUUGGAACUGAAGAGGGUGACACGAACCUUAAUGAUGUACCCCAGCAACUCUUGUUUUUGCAUAUGGGACAAACGGAAAUAACGGAGUUAAUGUUUCAUAAUAAUAUUCCUGGCGUAGUCAUAUCCACCGCUGUUGACGGAUUCAACAUAUUCAAGUGUAUCAACAUAGAUUGA